GAAGCACAAGUUCGGCCCAUGCUCACAAAACGCAAAAUAAACACGAACUUAGACACAGUAGCCAUUGACUACAAAGAUGCUGCUAUCAAUGGCUUAAAUCUUAAUCAAAAACCUCAAUUAAUCUCCUCUUUCCUUCUCUGCUUUUGCAACUAUGGCAUCUACAGUAACUCGCAGAUUCACAACCAAACUUGUCAAAAAUCCUUCUUCUUUUUCAUCUCCACGUUCAUUCCUCAGAGAUCCCCAAAUUAACCCAAAAAUCUCAACCCCCAUCAAUUCAUAUAUCAAAUCAACUCCUUUUUUCAGUCAAAAUCACCCACCAUUUCUUGGUAUGAUCCAAAAACAAAUUGAUUCUUCUCAAUACAUGAACCCCACAUGGCAGUCAUUAGGAAAACCAAGAUAUUUCUCAUCUAGUGAUGAAAACCCUAGUGAAUUUAAGCACCAAGAAAUCACAGGCCCAACUGUUGAACGUGACGUGUCACCACUUGCAAAUGAGACACGUGAAGUGCUCGAUAAAAUGCUUAAGUCAAUGUAUAGUUUGAGUAAAGCAUUUGCUGUACUUGGGUUAGUUCAGCUUGGUUUAGGAGCUUGGAUUACUUACAAGACUCAGUCUUCGCCAAUGCCUGAGAUUUCAAUACAGAGUUUCUUGGCCUUUGGGUUACCGUUUUCGUUGGCAUUCAUGUUGAGACGAGCAUUGAAGCCGAUUUAUUUCUUUAAGAAAAUGGAAGAACAAAGUAGGUUGCAGAUUUUGACACUUACUCUUCAGGCUGCUAAGCAAUUGAACUUGUUGUUUGUUCGUAGUCAGGGUGUUACUUACUCGUGUAUUGGUGUUACUUCCCUUGGAUUGAUCCUUGUUGUAUUCUCUAGAUUGAGUAAUUAGUUCUGUGUUAGUAUUUAAUACAUAUCAAUAGGGAAGCUGAAUAAGAGUUGACACUUUUGAAUGUGUUGCUAUUUCGAUUUGAAACAGAAACUUUGUCGAUUGAGAAGUUGUGGUUGCCCCGCGAUUUAAGUAGUUGUAAGAACUGUUUGAUGUUGAAUUCGUAACUGAACAAGGUUAGAUUUUUCUGUGGAA